AUGUCGCCGACAAGCGUAAUGUCGCCCUACGACAGGCUGCGCGAGCUGGAGAAGAAGCGCUUCCAUAAGCAGCACAAGGGCCAGGUGCCUGUCAUGGACGCCGAGACGCUGCGAGAGUUGUGUAUGGAAAACGACGGGUACGAGACUCCGGAGCUCAACGACAGCUUGUACGCGCAUUUUCGUGGCUUCCAGCGCAUCGAAGGCCUGGAAGCCUAUUACAACCUCAAGGCUCUCUGGCUCGAAUCCAACGGUCUCUCUAAAAUCGAGAACUUAGAGAGUCUCGUUAACCUGCGGUGCCUCUACUUGAGCAAGAAUCUCAUCGAAAAAGUCGAGAACCUGCACGCUUUGCGCGAACUCAACACGCUGGACCUGAGCGAGAACCGCAUCCAGUCGCUUGAAGGGUUAGCACAACUCCCCAACUUGUUGUCACUAAACGCUUCUCGCAACCGUCUGACCACAAGCGCAGACUUGCAAGAGCUCGCUCAAUGCCCGCUGCUCAACAAUAUUGAUAUCAGCCACAACCUAAUCGAGGACCCAGAGACACUGAGCGUGCUCAAGGCUGUGCCGAUGCUCAAGGCGCUGCGAAUCACAGGCAAUCCGGUGGUCUCCAGUACGCGCUCGUUUCGCAAGACGUACAUUGCAGCUCUACCUCAACUGUCGUUCCUAGACCGCCCCAUUUUCCCCAUCGAGCGUGCCUCAGUGACAGCGUGGCAAUCGGGUGGCGUUGAAGCAGAGCGCGAGGCCAAGCGGUCGUUUGUGAAUCAGGAAAAUGAAGAGCGUCGUCGUAGCUUGCAAGAGUUUCGGGACUGGCAAGCGCAAGUUCGAGAGCGCAGGAUCAAGCAGUUGGCGCUGGAGCGUGCGCAGAAGCUGCUCGAAACGACCCCAGAGGUCGAGCCAGAAGAGAUCGACGUGGAUUUGCGGGGCUUUCGGGCCAUCACCAAGGAGGAGUACGUCGCAAUGGAUGCCGCCGAGCGUGCCAAGUGGGACGCCCGCAUCGCGCAAGCCCACGCGGACUCCCAGCAAGCGAAAUAUGAGGUACUUGGCGACGGAAUCGCGCGGAUGGGAUCCACUUUCUGGGCAACUUCAGCGACGUCUCAAGCAGCCGAAAUAGCCACCGUCGCGUCGGACCUGCCGCCGCCACCGCCACUCGAGAAUGCCGCAAUUGUUGAGCGUCACUCGAAAGGUAAACACGAGCUGCCUGAGGCUACCAAGUCUGCGUCGGAGGUGCAUGUAACAGAGCUCCAAGUGUCCGCUAGCAGCGACAACAGCGACCCAAUUGAAGACGCCGAGAAACCAUCUGCUGCUAACGUUGAAGUUGCGGGAAACCAAAUUGUUCAAGCUGUGCAGAGCAUUUCGGUGGUCGACUCAAGCGACUCUACAGUUCGAGCCGCCAGCGAGAAGAUGAACGUUCGCGAGAACGAGAACGACCACACAACGGCGGUUGUUGAAGAAGAGAAUGUCCAGCAUGAUACUGAUGAGCGCAGUGAGGACAGCGACCGCGAUAAUGUCGACACCGCCUCGGCUCUGUCAGCCGCAGUGGCAUCGGAGCAACCGAAUCUUCCGCCCCCGCCGCCAAUUGAAGCGUUCUGGCCAAUUGGACGCGGCUCGAUCGACGCCGAGCCUCGCGAGACCUGGGCCCAGUUGCAGCAGCGUGCCAGCGCCGCGCCCUUCCGCCUGCGUCCACAGUCGUUGCCGUCGGCUUUUGAGGCCGAGAACGAGGAGCGGAGCGGCGCACUGGCGACGGACGACGAAGCCGCAGCCUCACCCGUGCGCGUCCUAAGUCGCGCCGACAUCCUGCGCGAGUUGGGGAAGCAGCAGCACAUUCUCGCGCCCUAUACAAAUGUCAGCGAGCUGGACUAA